GGCCCGCCGUGCCCUCCGCGGACAGAGUUUAUAAAAGGGCGCCGUCAGAGCUCAGCGGACUCUUUAGUUCGUAGACUAGUGACCAUGGAGUACCCCGAAAGCGCGGACUGUUCGAACGGCACGGCCUGGCUGCCCGUGGCGGAGGCCAGGAUCGGCUCCGGGGUGUCGGGGCCCUCCGAGCAGCGCCUCCUGGGUUGGAACGUCCCCCCGGACGAAUUGCCGCACAUCCCCACGCACUGGCUGGUGUAUCCAGAGCCCGACCCCCUCAUCAACUACGGCCUGGGUGUCCUGUACUGCUUCUUCUUUUUCUUCGCAGUCAUGGGCAACGGCAUCGUCAUCUACAUUUUCCUCACGUCAAAAAAUUUGAAGACACCCUCCAACAUAUUCGUGGUGAACCUAGCAAUAUGCGAUUUUGUGAUGAUGGCCAAAACGCCCAUUUUCAUCUACAACUCGUUCAACCUGGGUCCUGCCAGCGGCCCAACGGCCUGCCUAGUAUUUGCGACCAUGGGGUCCUUCUCCGGGAUCGGCGCCGGUGCCACCAACGCGGUGAUCGCCUACGACAGAUACAUGACAAUCGCCAAGCCGUUCGGCAGCAAGAUGACGAGGGGCAAAGCCAUCAUGAUCAUCUUCUUUCUCUGGAUGUGGGUGACGCCGUGGGUGGUCUUCCCUGCCACGGAGAUUUGGGGCCGCUUCGUCCCAGAGGGCUUCCUGACGAGCUGCACGUUCGACUACAUGUCGGACACGGACCACAUCCGAGUGUUCGUUGGCGUCAUGUUUUUCGUCUGCUACUGCAUCCCCAUGACGAUGAUCAUCUACUUCUACUCCCAGAUCGUCAGCCACGUCGUAGCGCACGAGAAGGCUCUGAAGGCCCAGGCAAAGAAAAUGAACGUGGAAUCGCUGCGAUCGAACGUGGACAAGAACCAGGACUCGACUGAGAUUCGCAUCGCCAAGAUGGCCAUCUCACUGUCCUUCCUGUUCGUGCUCUCCUGGACCCCGUACGCGACCGUCGCGCUCAUCGGUGCCUUCGGAAACAAGGCGUUGUUAACUCCUGGUGUCACCAUGAUUCCCGCGUGUUGCUGCAAACUCGUCGCCUGCUUCGAUCCCUACGUCUUUGCCUUGAGUCACCCCCGUUUCAGGCUUGAACUACAAAAAAAGAUGCCAUUCCUUGAUAUUAAAGAAGAUAAGCCAACAGCAAGUGAAACAGCAUCAACAACAACCGAAGCCACAAGUGCAAACCCUGAUUAAUUGUUGUCUGGUACUGAUUCCGUAAAAGACUUUAAUCAAACAUUUUGUUGAGAAAAACAAUCAAAGGAGGACCUGAGAAAGAUUGGGAAGAGUGGCACCGAUUUCACUUCACAGACCUUGCAUUGGAAAACGGACAUUGAUUUGAAUAUUUCUGUAAAAACUAAGCCCUACAUAAAAAAAAUCUUAUUGCAAUCUUCAAAAUGUAAAAAAAAAAAUAUAAUUGAACUCCUUGUAGAUGAUAGAAAAUGUUUAUAUUCCAAGUCAAAAUGUUGUAAUAUUUAAGCUUUGUGCUCUAGUGAUUUGCUCACAAAAAUGUAAUGUAUAACAAAAAUCCUUGCAAUGGAACACACCAUUUUCAUAAAAUAACUUCAGAGCACUUACAUUGUUAAUGAAACAGGGGCAUACCAUCUAGCUAAAAUUGUGGCUGCUCACUGCAUAUAAAAUAAGAUCAGAUAAUCAAACAAUGUAAAUUGUUAAAGACUUGGGUGGGGUAUUUGAGUCUUUCUUUUGAAAUAGCCUGAAUAUGCAUGAGAUAAGUUUACCUGAUAACUUCAAAUAAUUCAGGAGCAUUCAAAGCUCACAGAAAGAGGUAAAAACUGUUUUAUAUUAUAAUUUAUGUUUUUUCAUUUGCUGGGAAUUGGGCAGGGAGUGGUAUCAAGUACGAAAAGAAAAGAGUGUGUUUGUUACGUUUUAUGUAAUGACAAUUAACGUCAAUAUGAAAUUAUUUGAGAGCUCCAGCACUUCCAUAACACAAAAAUUAUCAUUCUACUGUUGAAAUCUAGGCAUUGCAAAUAAUUAAAGUGCUUAAGACAAGUACUAGAAAUGCUGACUUAAAAGAUAGUUUGUCUUGGGAGUGACUGAAGAGAAGAGACUGGAAAGAUAAACCACAUACUCGAGACUCAAACUAACUUGCGCUUGUUCAAAAGGUAUUGAUAAAAUUAAAUUCCUUAUUCCUGAACUGUCAAUGGUUUUGUAGAGUAUGGAGGAAAAUGUACAAUGAUAAUGAGUUAAUAAAGCAGUGUUGGAAAAGUAAA